AAACAUUUUGCCAUCCAACACCUUUGUCAUCGAGAAUAGUUAGAAAACAUUUAGUACCCAAUUUUUUUACUAUCAAUCAGCCUUUUUUUCCGAUAUCUCUCAUCCUUUUGUUUUAAUACUUUUAAUAUUGCUUUUGCUUCAACAUGGCUACUGCAACCAUGACAGCAACAUUGUUUGAUGACGAUGUGUGUCCAGUAUGUCAAACCGACCGAUACCUGAAUCCACAAAUGAAACUCAAGGUUGGACCAUGUUUUCACAAAAUGUGUGAUAAUUGCAUAGAUCGUCUUUUUGCACAUGGUCCGGCACCUUGUCCAACUUGUCGUCAAACACUCAGGAGAGCAGCCUUUUCAGAGCAGACCUUUGAAGAUCUAACAGUAGAAAAGGAGGUUCGCAUCAGAAAACAAAUGGCAACCAAGUUUAAUAAGCGAAGAGAGGAUUUCAAAACACUCAAGGAUUAUAAUGAUUACUUGGAAACAGUGGAAGAUUUGACAUUUAAACUGGUCAAUGAGAUUGAUGUGGAAACAACAAAGGCAGCCAUCGACAAAUUUGCUGCUGAGAACCGUGACCUGAUCAGAAUCAAUGCAGAUCGCUUGCUUAAUGAGACCCGUCUGGCAACUCAGUUAGCAGAGAAGCAGCGUCAAUUGAAACAGAUGAAGCGAGAGGAGUAUUUGAGGCAAUUACAGGCAGAAGAGGAGGCCAAGUCAGAGGAUCGUAAAAACCUGAUCCAGGAAUUAGCAACGUCUGAUAAAUCAGCAAAGACGAUCCUGGAUUCACGAAAGCAGGCCAUCUCCUUAAAGAAGACAUCUAUGCGCAAGACAGAAGUCAAGCCAUCGUCGUCUUCGUCUAGCUCUUUUGGUACACCGUUGCUUUCAGAUUCUUAUUGGCGGAUGCAACGAGACGAUGAUAUGGAUCGACACCAUGACGACGAGGACGAGAUGGGUGUGGAAGGAGCAGGAGCAUUUGAUCCAGUACAGUCACAGUACAUGGAUGUGGAUUUAGGGGUUGGAUAUGUGAACAGUGUGAACAACAAUAAGGCUCAUGCAGGUGGAUUGGUAUAUCCACUGUUGACAUCGAGUAUUGGAGUAAAGGAUUUGUAUGUGGAACCAGCGGGGAUUGGGUCAUUGAACGCGAUGUCGAAAGCAGGUGGAUAUCGACUUGCUUUCGGAUAUGAACGUGCGAUCCAAGAUGCACAUACUGCCCUUUUUGAAGCAGCUCUGUAGG